CCGACGAUCAUGAGAGCAGGACAAAUACGAGUAAGCUUAAACUCGAUGAACCCAUAUUCCAUGAAAAACCUGCAAUGAUCGAGGAACGUGAGCGCAUUAUCUCCAUGAGGGUUCUAACAAAUGAUGACACCACCGAGAACCUUGUGCUGCUGACGGGGCUCAAAAAUUUGAUUAAAAUUCAGCUUCCUAACAUGCCACCAGAAUAUAUUACUCGGCUUGUCUACGACAAGCGUCACUAUUCAUUGGCAAUUGUUAAAAGUGAUCGUGUGGUUGGCGGCAUUACUUACCGCUUGUUCCCGGAGAAUAAGCUUGCAGAAAUUGUGUUCUGUGUUGUUAGUUCCACUGAGCAGGCAAAGGGAUAUGGUUCACAUCUGAUGAACCAUUUAAAAGAUCUUCUUAAAGGCAAGGAAGGCAUUAAAUAUUUGAUGACUUAUGCCGAUAACCAUGCCAUGGGAUUUUUUAAGAAAAACGGUUUCACGACGGAUAUUACUCUCGAAAAAAAUCUGUGGGUGGGCUUCAUAAAAGAUUAUGAUGAAGCUACGAUUAUGCAG